AUGCCCAACAACCAGUUCAUGCACCCGAGAAAUAUUUACCGGAAACCACCUGCUUUCAAGGAGCUGGCGGUAACGUAUCCGGAGUUCAACAAAUACGCGUCAGUCGGUUUGAACGGCAAAAUCGUCUUCGACUUCAAAAAUCAGGACGGCCUCAGAUUGUUGACCACUAUACUGCUGAAGAAAGACUUCGACUUGGACGUGGAAUUGCCCGUCGGCAGACUGGUGCCCACCGUCCCGUUACGACUCAACUAUUUGCUGUGGAUCGAAGAUCUGUUCGACUUGAACUACGACAAUACGAAGAAGAUCAAAGGAAUCGAUAUAGGCACAGGUUCAUCAUGUAUUUAUCCAUUAUUAGCAGCUAAACAAUUUCAGUGGUCUAUGGUCGGUACUGAUAUCAAUAAAGAAGCUAUUAAAAAUGCUAUUAAAAAUGUAGAAAAAAAUAACUUACAACAUUUAAUUCAAGUACUGGAGGUAUCAGAAUGGGAAAGAUUAUUACCAGUAGCAGUUGAUGAACAUUAUGACUUCUGUAUGUGUAACCCACCUUUUCAUAGUUUUGCAAAAAUAAAUUCAUCAGAUGAUGAAGCAGAUAGUGCGGUUGGGAUUACUUCUGAAAUGUAUACAGCUGGUGGAGAAGUUGAUUUUAUAAAAAAAAUGAUUAACGAAAGUGAAAUAUUACAGAAUUCGAUAAGUAUUUAUACAACAAUGGUUGGUUAUAAAGCAUCAUUAGACCCUCUAAAAAAUGAACUGAAAGCUAUUGGAGCAUGUACAAUUGCAGAAGCUGGUUUCUUUCAAGGCCGGAAUGCUCGUUGGGGGCUUGCUUGGACAUUUCAGCCGGAUAUAAAAUUAAAGGAUUUUUUGCCUAAUAAGGAGUUUCAAAAGGAGAAGUUGAAACUUAGACCUCCGGUGUCUUUCAAAAUUCCAGAAUCGUAUGAUUCUACAACUGCGCUAACUAAACUAUCAGAACUUCUAGAUAGUCUUAAGCUGUCAAUCUCAAAACUACAAUCAAAAAUUGAUGAAAGUGUCUUAUACCAAGCUGACAUUCAAGCAUAUGAAAAUACAUGGACACAUCAAAGAAGAAAAAGGCGAAUGGAAAAAAGAUUAGCUGAUUGCAAACGUCAAAAAACAAAUGAUAGUUGUUUACUCAUUGCAUCUGAUGAUGAAAGGGUUGAUCAGCAUUUAGAGACCACAGUGAAUGCCAAACCAUUAUUUGCGGCUACACUAGUUUUAAGAAAGUCAGACAAUGUAAUUUUGAUAGACAUGUUGCACUUGGACGGAAAUAGAGACAAUUCAUACCAAGUUUUUCAGUUCUUUAAGAAUAGAUUUGUAUAA